AUGACCUCUGUCAUUGGUGACACAAGAACUCUCUCCUAUUUACCUCCUACAUUACGUCUGUCGAAUCGUGGGAAUGGCCAGCAGUCGAGUCAUGCAUCAAGGGCUCCACCACCCACCCCUGUCAAGCCCCAAAGCACUUUCAAGUCCAUCAGGAAACGAAUUCCAUAUGCCCCUCCUUUUGGCACAAAGACCGACCCCACAUCUGAAUCCUCAGACAAACUGAUAAAAACUGACAGGGCUGCUCUCCUCAAUCAUGACCAGUGCAAGCAAGCAACAGCCAAGACCAAAGAACUUUUGCAGGUGCACAGCAUGGAUCCUCAGCAGGAUGCCAUCAACCGCAUCCUUACAGGAGUUGAAUCAAUCCAAACCCUAACAAGGGAGACCGUGGAGGCUCUACAAAACACGAUUGUUGGAAGGGUCGCAAUUAACAAGUUCAAGAUGCCUAAGGUGCAACAAGAGGAAUUUACAAUCUGGAGUAAUAAGCACGACCUAUGCGGCAUUGAAUAUGACGCCCACCUUGAAAGCAUUAUCAUCAAGGCGCGACAAGGCCCUGUGCAUGGAGAGACAAUUGAUGCCAUUCGUGAUUGGUUUAGAAAGAUAAUAGGCAAGGUUCACCAAGAAGAUGGCGUGAAUCUAAAGACCUAUCAGCACAAAACUUUCUGUCUUACCAGCGGGAAAUAUCGAGGCAGUCUCAAGGCUCCCGACAGUUCUAUCGAGGACGAUGAAUCCUUUCUUCCCUUGAUAGUUCUUGAAGUUGCUUUCUCAACCACCAGGAAAGACCUGCUCGAAGAUGCAAAGGCCUGGUUAUAUGGAACUGACAACAUCACUGAGCUGGUUAUCGCAAUUGAUAUUAAGGAGCAAGGUGGUAAAAACAACAACGACACUGACAACAAAGAAGACUCGUUUUGGGCUUAUCAGACUCAGAGAUUCUUCAACGUUUCGCGACUGAUGAUGCCCUCGCCGCCCAUAUUGUCAGAUGGGACCAGGAUCAUGGAAACUGGCCAGGGCACUCAGUCCCUGAGCAAAAACUUCCGUCUGAAAUUUUGCGAGCUUGAAGAUAAGCUGCCUCUGGAAGCACUAGAGCGUCAACUGAGAGAUUCUCUUAAAAAUUAUCGAAAAGACAGAGCUUUAAUUCAGGCAUGCAAAAGGCGCAAGGCUCUGGAGGAAGAGGCAGAGGUAAGGAGAAAGCAAAAGGAAGACCGAAAGCGAAAACAACAGGACCAUCAAGAAUCUGCUCAAACAGUGCGGGCUGAAAAAGCAGAAAAACGGCAGAAGAGAGAAGAAGAAGAAGAAGAUCUGAUUGCUCAAAAAGGAAGGAGAGGGCAAAAAAUGGGAAAAUUUUAUUGA